UUCGUUUAGGUAGCCAUGGCUGCUCAGUGUCGAAGUUUCUUCGAUGAUGUCAAAAAAGAAUUAGAAUGUUGUGUAUGCCAAGAACAGUUUGAUGCAGUCAACGAGCCGAAAAUACUCAAAUGUCUCCACACCUUCUGUAAAUCUUGUCUACAACGUUGGUUACGACAACAAGGUGGAAGCCGUUUAAGUUGUCCGACAUGUCGACAGAUCACCGAAUGUCCAAACAACAACAUCAACAGCCUUCCAUCCAAUCUAUUUUACAAGCAGAUGGUGGGAAUUGUCGAGGCCUAUCGCGGAAAGGGGCGAGAAGACUCACCGCAUUGCGGAAACUGCGAACAACGAAGGUCGCUGAAGUUUUAUUGCUCGGAUUGCAAUUGCUUCCUUUGUGAAGAAUGCUCCAUGGCUCAUAAAAAACUAAAGGUGCUUAAUGGCCAUCACGUCAAAGAAAUUGGAAAUUUUGUGUCUAGUGACGCACAAGAUUACGCUCGGAAACUCAACGUUUGUAAAGAACACAAAGAUCAAGUUAGAUUUUACUGCGAACAAUGUGUAACAUGCAUUUGUCGUGACUGCGCCAUAUUGGAACACCGAGAUCACAACUUUGUGUCCAUUGACAAAGGAUUGGAAAGGAAGAAAUCAGAGAUCGAGACCAAAAUGGAAAACGUUUUGGCAAAUGGUUCUAGACUACGAGACGAAAAAGAAUUCCUAGAAGCACAAAGGAUCAGAAUGAACAAAAGCAUCGAAAAGGCGAAAGAAGAAGUGCAUCGAAUCGCCGAACGCAACAUGGCGUUAAUUCGACAACACGAAUCAAGCGUGACGGAACAACUCAUCAGGCAGAAAGAUGUUUUCGAAACUGAAUUUUCAAACACUGUAUUCCGAAUGGACGAGAAACUAGCAGAAAUAGAGAGCGGCUUGGAAUUUUGCAACGACAUACUUCAACGAAAUAAUCUGCCGGAGAUUUUAAACGUGGAAGAAAUACUUGAGCAACGAUUUCAGGAACUUUCGAAGCCUUCUGAUGCAAAUGUGAAACCAAAUUGCUACGAAGUCAAGUAUGUUCCGAAUCAAUUGUUCUGCUUGGAAGAAUCAACAGGCAAACUGUUGACAAGCAAAACUGUACCUUCGUCAUCAGAGGUAGAGGGUACGGGACUCACCGAGGGAACUCAAGGCGAAGAUUGUGUUUUUACAAUCAUCACAAAAGACUCGCAUGGUAAUAAAACUUACAGUGAAAUAGAUAAAGUCAUUGUUGACAUUAAAUCAGUGCAGACUGGAGCAGCCCUACAGGCUAAAAUAACAGACUCAAACAAUGGCUGCUACACAGUAUCAUACAAUCCUCAAACCGCUGGAGAUUUCAACGUGACUGUACAUGUUGCAGAUGAACCUAUCAAAGGAAGUCCAUUCCAGUUGAAAGUGAAAGAAAAAAUACGUAAAUCGGAAGAUUACCAGCCAUUUGGCCUAGUUGAGGAGGGAAAAGCCUGUCAUGUCUGCUUUUAUAAUGCAGUCCCAGUUUUCCAGUUACAGUGUGGACAUUACAUGUGUUGCAAGGGAUGUAAAGAGAAGCUACUCUUUGAAUGUGACAUCUUCUGCUACAUUUGCAGACAGAAAGUUCUAUUCCUUGGAAAUCAACCGACUGGACAUAUGACUUGUAGGAAAGACUCAGGACCCUCUCUCCCGGGGUACGAAACCUUUGAAACUAUAGUACUUGGUUUUAACUUCGACAGAGGAAUUCAAGGUGAAGAGCACCCAAAUUCUGGGGUUCCUUAUUUGGGUUUAUUCUGCUCAGCCUAUCUACCUGGAAACAAAGAGGGGCAAAAACUGUGUCAACUGCUGAAGAAAGCGUUUGAUGCACGCUUGUUAUUUACCAUCGGAACAGACAACACCAUCGUCUUUAACGACAUUGAACUGAAAACAAGUCGAAGUGGUGGCCCAGCAAAGUGCGGUUAUCCCGACGCAGGUUAUCUUGAUCGACUGAAGAACCAGCUGGCAUUAAAGGGUGUAAAAUAGUGCAAGCCAUUGAACCAAACAGACCACUUCACGAAAAACCUCAUGAGAUCGGAGAGGCUAAUUUGAAUUGAAAGGAGAAUGGUUCAAUGGGAGAAUUUCAAAUUAAACAGAUUGCCACUCGCGGACUUUGAAUACGAUCAAGGUUUAGUAAUUCAGACGCGUCGACUGUAACGUGUUUCUUUUUAAUGAUCUCAUAAAAUCAAAUGACUCUUGCGAUAUCUCUCAUUCUAUAAGCUAAAUAGCGGUUCUAAAAUAAUUCAACGAAAAUUUGGCAUUUUACUGGAGCAAGUAUGACUUGUUACACAGAUAAAUAGAAACAGCUGCACUUUUGAAACACUAAAAUGUGCCUAAAUAUCUCAAGUAUGCAAAAACUACGACUAGAGAACAUGAUCUUUUUAUUAAGAUAACAAAUCAUGCAUAGUCAAACCGAGAUUCAAAAAUUGAAGCUUAAAUAAUAUUUUAACGUUAAUUUGACAUAAAUCGGCCUUGCAUGCGAUGUAAUGCACUCUUUGCACUCAUCAUAAAUUUCAAUCUAGCUAUGAUCAGAGUGACUCGUAACAGUUAACCGUACUGAUACUUUGAUGACGUUCUGCAACCCACGUCAGGAUUUUAUUUCUAUGUAUCAUCCACAUGAUGUGUCUUAUGGGCGGAUCCAGGAAUUUUUGAUUGGGAGGGUCCAAACUUUGGUUCAGAAAGGACUGUUGGACUCUUUUGAGGCAGAUUACUACUCUCCCACAUCCCCCACACCCCCUUCCCCGAGUCGCGGUUGCAAGUUAUAAUUCCUUGGCCGCUUACCGUUUACUUGGAUUCAUUAAAAAAAUCAGCCCGUUAAAAAAUGAUAUAUGAUCCCGUCGAUGUAAGAAUUUCAGUCUCAAAGUUGUAAGCGUCAGGUCUGAUAGGGGGAGUCCGGACCCCCUGGACCCUCCCCCUGGAUCCGCCACUGUGGACAAUAUAGAAAAUUUAUGCAGACAGAUUGCCAGUGCUAAUUCUCUUAUUCUUACUUACUUUUUCGAUGUAUAAUCUAAUGUAUAGCUAUUCCAAGUGGAGCGCUGAAGUCGAUCCCCUCUGUUUGAUAUCAGUGAAUGCUCAAAGCUCUUUUUACAACUUGUUCUUAAUUGUGUGAUAUGAAAAUAGCAUUUUUACAACGUUUUACGGAUUACCUCAUUGUCAUGUUUUAAAGCUUAAAUUCUGUAAUUGUCUUGAUUGCUUAGAUUUGUCAGAUAUGUUAACCUUUGGAGAGAAGUGUCUAAUAACAGUUGUAACAUUAUCAGUGAUAAAGUAUUCUUUAGAACA